GCUGUGCUGUGGCGGCGGCGGUAGUGGCGGUGGCGGUGGCGGCGGCGCCCGGGCGGUAGCAGCCGCAACAGCAGCAGCCCCGAGGAGGGUGAGGCGGCUGCGGUGGCGGCAGCUCGGAAGUCAGGCGGGACCCAGAGCUUCCCGCCUGUCGCUGGCGCGGAGGCUUUGCCUUUCCGCCGCCCGCUGUUCCCUCACGGCCCUGGCCGGGGCAGGGCAGCGCGCCCCCGGGCAGGGGCGGAGCCGUAGAUGUAUACCCAAGAGAAAAGAAAACACAUGUUCACACAAGACUUGUAUGCAGAUGUUCAUAGCAGCAUUAUUCAUAAUAGCAAAAACUGGAACCAUUCUGAAUGUCCAUAGCUGAUAUGGUGUAAGAUAUUUCUUCAAGACUGCACAGCUGAGGACCUGUUAUUUCUGAUUAGCCUUAAGCAGACUUGUAGCCAUAGAGAAACCUCACGGAGUUCCGUAUUUUGUUUUCUGCUUUACACCUUUCCUGGCACCUAAACUCAUCUUGCAACCAUGUAUGGAAGUGCUCGCUCAGUUGGGAAGGUAGAACCCAGCAACCAGAGCCCUGGGCGUUCACCUAGGCUUCCACGUUCCCCUCGCUUGGGUCAUCGUCGAACCAAUAGUACAGGAGGGAGUUCUGGAAGCAGUGUUGGAGGUGGCAGUGGAAAAACCCUUUCAAUGGAGAAUAUCCAAUCCUUAAAUGCUGCCUAUGCCACAUCUGGCCCUAUGUACUUAAGUGACCAUGAAAAUGUGGGUUCAGAAACACCUAAAAGCACCAUGACACUUGGCCGUUCUGGGGGACGUCUGCCUUAUGGUGUUAGGAUGACUGCUAUGGGCAGCAGCCCCAAUAUAGCUAGCAGUGGGGUUGCUAGUGACACCAUAGCAUUUGGAGAGCAUCACCUCCCUCCUGUGAGUAUGGCAUCCACCGUUCCUCAUUCUCUUCGUCAGGCAAGAGAUAACACAAUCAUGGAUCUGCAGACACAGCUGAAGGAAGUAUUAAGGGAAAACGACCUCUUGCGGAAGGAUGUGGAAGUAAAGGAGAGCAAAUUAAGUUCUUCAAUGAAUAGUAUCAAGACCUUCUGGAGCCCAGAGCUGAAGAAAGAACGAGCCCUGAGAAAAGAUGAAGCUUCCAAAAUCACUAUUUGGAAGGAACAGUAUAGAGUUGUGCAGGAGGAAAACCAGCACAUGCAGAUGACAAUCCAGGCUCUCCAGGAUGAAUUGCGAAUCCAGAGGGACCUGAACCAGCUGUUUCAGCAAGAUAGUAGCAGUAGGGCUGGUGAACCUUGUGUGGCAGAGCUGACGGAGGAGAACUUUCAGAGGCUGCAUGCUGAGCAUGAGCGCCAGGCCAAAGAGCUAUUCCUUCUUCGAAAGACUCUGGAGGAAAUGGAGCUACGUAUUGAGACCCAGAAGCAAACCCUAAAUGCUCGGGAUGAAUCCAUCAAGAAGCUUCUGGAGAUGUUGCAGAGCAAAGGACUUUCUGCUAAGGCUACCGAGGAAGACCAUGAGAGAACAAGACGACUGGCAGAGGCGGAGAUGCACGUCCACCACCUGGAAAGCCUUUUGGAGCAGAAGGAAAAAGAGAACAACAUGUUGAGAGAGGAGAUGCAUCGGAGAUUUGAGAAUGCCCCUGAUUCUGCCAAAACAAAAGCUCUGCAAACUGUUAUUGAAAUGAAGGAUUCCAAAAUUUCCUCUAUGGAGCGUGGGCUCCGAGACUUGGAGGAGGAAAUUCAGAUGCUGAAAUCGAAUGGGGCUUUGAGUACUGAAGAAAGGGAGGAAGAAAUGAAGCAAAUGGAGGUCUAUCGGAGCCAUUCGAAAUUUAUGAAAAAUAAGGUAGAGCAACUGAAGGAGGAACUAAGUUCGAAAGAGGCUCAAGGGGAGGAGCUGAAAAAGAGAGCGGCUGGUCUUCAGGCUGAGGUCUUUGCCAUUGGCCAGGUGAAGCAGGAGCUGUCCAGAAAGGACACAGAACUUCUAGCUCUACAGACAAAGCUAGAAACACUCACGAACCAGUUUUCAGACAGCAAGCAACACAUUGAAGUGCUGAAGGAGUCCUUGACCGCUAAGGAGCAAAGGGCUGCCAUCCUACAGACUGAGGUGGAUGCUCUCCGAUUGCGUCUGGAAGAGAAGGAAACCAUGCUGAAUAAGAAGACAAAACAAAUUCAGGAUAUGGCUGAGGAGAAGGGGACACAAGCUGGAGAGAUACAUGACCUCAAGGACAUGCUGGAUGUGAAGGAGCGGAAGGUUAAUGUUCUACAGAAGAAGAUUGAAAAUCUUCAAGAGCAACUUAGAGAUAAGGAAAAGCAGAUGAGCAGCUUGAAAGAACGAGUCAAAUCCCUACAGGCUGACACCACCAACACCGACACCGCCUUGACCACUUUGGAGGAGGCCCUUGCAGAGAAAGAGCGGACAAUUGAGCGCUUAAAGGAGCAGCGGGACAGAGAUGAGCGAGAGAAGCAAGAGGAAAUUGAUAACUACAAAAAAGAUCUUAAAGAUUUGAAAGAAAAAGUCAGCCUAUUGCAAGGCGAUCUCUCAGAGAAAGAGGCUUCGCUCUUGGAUCUGAAAGAGCAUGCUUCUUCCCUGGCUUCCUCAGGACUCAAGAAAGAUUCACGGCUUAAGACACUAGAGAUUGCUUUGGAGCAGAAGAAGGAGGAGUGUCUAAAAAUGGAAUUGCAGUUGAAAAAAGCACAUGAGGCAACAUUGGAAGCCAGAGCCAGCCCAGAGAUGAGUGACCGAAUACAGCAAUUGGAGAAAGAGAUUGCCAGGUACAAAGAUGAAUCUAGCAAGGCCCAGGCAGAAGUUGACCGCCUCUUGGAAAUCUUGAAGGAGGUGGAAAAUGAGAAGAAUGACAAAGAUAAGAAGAUUGCCGAGUUGGAAAGUCUCACCUCAAGGCAAGUGAAAGACCAGAAUAAGAAAGUAGCCAAUCUGAAGCACAAGGAACAGGUGGAAAAGAAGAAGAGUGCACAGAUGCUAGAGGAGGCUCGACGAAGGGAGGACAAUCUCAAUGACAGCUCCCAGCAGCUACAGGACAGUCUCCGUAAGAAGGAUGACAGGAUUGAAGAGCUGGAAGAAGCACUAAGAGAAAGUGUACAGAUAACUGCAGAGCGAGAAAUGGUGCUAGCACAAGAGGAAUCAGCCAGGACCAAUGCUGAAAAACAGCUGUUGAGUGAAACAUUGCAUGAGACCAGUCAUUUGGGCUUUAAGUGGUUGAAGGUGGAAGAGUUACUGAUGGCUAUGGAGAAAGUGAAGCAGGAGCUGGAGUCCAUGAAAGCAAAGCUGUCCUCUACUCAGCAGUCCCUGGCAGAAAAGGAAACUCAUUUGACCAAUCUUCGGGCAGAGAGAAGGAAACACCUAGAGGAAGUUCUGGAGAUGAAGCAAGAAGCUCUUCUCGCUGCCAUUAGUGAAAAAGAUGCCAAUAUAGCUCUUUUGGAGCUUUCAUCCUCUAAGAAAAAGACCCAAGAGGAAGUGGCUGCGCUAAAGCGGGAGAAGGAUCGGCUGGUGCAGCAGCUCAAACAGCAGACACAAAAUCGAAUGAAGUUAAUGGCUGACAACUACGAGGAUGACCACUUCAAAUCCUCCCACUCCAAUCAGACCCACCGUAAGCCCUCCCCAGACCAGAUCAUCCAGUCCCUCUUAGAACUUGACCAAAAUAGAAGCAAAUUAAAGUUGUAUAUUGGACACCUGACAGCCCUCUGCCAUGACCGAGACCCCCUGAUCCUUCGUGGACUCACUCCACCAGCUUCCUACAACUUGGACGAUGACCAGGCAGCUUGGGAGAAUGAGCUGCAGAAGAUGACCCAGGAACAGCUUCAGAAUGAAUUAGAAAAAGGUGAACGGGACAAUGCAGACCUGCAGGAGUUUGCCAAUGCCAUUCUCCAACAGAUAGCAGAUCACUGCCCUGACAUCCUGGAGCAAGUGGUCAACGCGUUAGAAGAGUCGUCCUGACCCUGCUGCCUGGGGAGGGCGAGCCCAGCAGCCCGGCAGAGUGAGCCCCAGGAGCCAAGAAAGGAGAACUACGAGGAGCGGGCCCCCAGAAACUUCUUGGCACCAAACAAACACUGCGAACCCUAUCCUAUCUUGGUCAGUCCUUCAAGUGUGAUUCCAGCACCAUUGCUACAUGUGUCAUCUUACUCUGCCCUUCUACUUUGGAUGUUGUCUCUACACUAAUUUUCUUGAUGUCCAGGGUGGGUAAGUGGCCAAGUCUCCCUGAAGAACUGCCAUCCAGUCAGCACCAGUGGAGAACUGUGGAAGCUGGUGGCUCUUCCCUUACAGACGGGCAUGGAGUAGAGAGCCCUCUUACCUCUGUGCUUGGCAUGAGAACUAAAUCUGGAAUCUACUUGGAGUUCAACAUAUUGAGAGAAUACUUCCCAAUGGACCAGAGAGCUGUCUGUUCUAAUAUCACAACAGGUGCUUUCUCCUAAAAGAGUUUUUAAAAAUCACAAAAAGAGUAUUAGAAAAAGAGAGAACAGGGACAAAGAGAAAACCGACUCUUCUUUAUGCUACUUCUUUUGUUGACUUUUCCUGUCUGGUGUUUUAUGCAGAGGAGCUACAAGCAGGCCUCAUGAUGGCUAAGUGAACACUAAUACCCCUGGUUUUGAGUCUUCACCCAGCCCACUCUGUGUCACCUGUCCUUGCUCUUCUCCCCAAACAGUGAACAAGAGGGUGGUGUGACCAGUUCUCCCCUAGUCCCUCUUGUUUAAGACCUCUGACUUUAUUCUACUUUGUUUGCUGGAUCAUGUGUCUCUAGUUGAAAGAGAAGAGCGUUUGACCUGAGGCACUGCCGUCACCACCUGCAGCUCUGCCUCUGUGGCAGAUGACGGUCCCUUAGGAUCAGGCUGCUUUCUCCCGAACAUCUCCCUCAUCAGCAUUCUAGGCCCCUGAGCUCCAAAACAAUGCUUCUGCCUUCCCACCACCCAUGCUCCAAGCUCUUACAGCCCAGUGGUCACUGAUGCUCAUGACCCACCUUUCACCCUUUUAACUUUACUCUUGAUUUGCACUCCCAGAACCAUGGCCUCAUGCAUUGCCUGGAAGCUCCCUCGGGCAUAAAUGAAUGUUUCUCAUCCCACACGCAUUUCUUCCUCCAUUCUUUCAUUCAAAGAAUAUUUAUGAAAUGCCUACUGCAUGCAAGUCACUGAUAGGCACCCAUGUAUGAAAGAAGUCUCUUUUCAGUGAGGGAGAGGCAUAAAGGAUUCUAUGAGACAUACCUGGUUGAGUCAAAGCAGUAAAAGGCAUAACUUUCCCCUCCCCCAUCCUAAUAGAAGGUAUCUUUUCCAGAAAAAUCUUCCACAAAUCAGCAUUUCUCAUUUCUCAUUGUAAUGGAAUUGAUGGGUUUAGAGGAUAGGGGACUGAGUCACUUACUUGCCUGCAGGAUUCCACUUGGUGAUUCAGGAGUUUUGUUUGUAGUCAUUACCCUGAAGGAAUGUUCUGUUUAUGAGGCUACGAUAGCAGAUAGUGUUUUCUUAACAUAUCUUUGUACACAUCAUGGAACUUGGCCAGCUCCAUGUUACAAAUUAGAAAAUUGACUCCAAAGUUGCAAAUCCAAUUGAAAGUAUUGGCAUUUUGAAAGGCAUUUUUCCCAAGCAUAGACAAUAACAGUCCUAAACAGGCAGGCACCAAGAACUAGACCGCUUAACCCAAACCUAGCCCUUCGACCAUGUCUACGGCCAGACACCUGCCAGGCACUCACGCCUUCUGAUAAGAGUUGCUGAGCUAAAUGUUUUUGUCUUGCAUUUUUUCCUUUCCCCUUCCCUAAUUACUCACCCAAAGAAUCUGAUGCUGCCUGUAAAGUCAUCGCAGCCAUCGGUUCAGUAUCUUCCCACCAGCAGCCCUUGACGGUCCCAUUAACUUAUAUGGUCAAAUCUGCAGCUGCCCUGAUUCCCCACUGUAAAGCACUCUCUCCCUGUGAGAAGCUGUGGAGUGUUCCUUAUCGAAGGUUUAAAUGGACUCUGCUCGUAAACUUCUUCCUGAGAGGCUUCCUGAUGGCCAGGCUGGCCAGAACCAGGGUGCAGGGGUUAGAUAGUAAAUGCCAUGGUCAUUUGUGGUCAAUUACCUCAAUUCCAUUUAUUUAUUGCACUGCCCAUAAAUCUUGUAGAAAGCCCCCAGUAUUUUAGGGCUGGAGUAUUCGAAUCUCACUUUAUCUAUCAUAAUGCAAAGAACUGCGGUAUGAUACCAGCCUUCCUAGGACUACAGCAGAACAGAGAACGCAGAAGAGGCUAGCCCCAAAGAAGUGGCCUGGCCUGGCCUGGUACUGACUGGCUGCUCUUUAGCUGGUCUGGCAAGAGAGGGCAUGAAGCAGGUCUCCUUGGAUCCUGCUGAUUCCACCUUUACCAUCAAAUACAACACCUGCCGCUCUAGCCCACUUGUGCGUGCCUCACUGCACCUCCUUCCUUCACCUUGUUUCAACCCUUCCUGUUGCUUCCGCUCCAAACCUUAUAGAAUUCCUCUGGACAAGUGCUUCUGAGAAGAGCUUUCUGAGGCAGACAUCAUCUGUCUAGUCUCCAUGACCCAGAGCAGGGAGUCUCCUUGAUUCUUCUUGGGUGGUCAUCUUGGCAUCUCGUGUGGUUCUGAGGACUGUUCGGUCCUAGAUGAAAGUAGGCUCUGGCUAAAGUUUAAUAGUGAACAUGACCUGCCUUUAUAUUAUAGGGGCAAAGUUAAUACAGUUUCUAGCAUUUAGAGUAUCUUACUGAGUUUAGAUCAUUGAGCCAACAUACUAAAUGCACAAUCCCAUCACAUAAGGACUUGUCAUUCCAUGAACCUCUUCUGGUAUUCAUGAUUUCACAAGGUCAUGAAACUUCUACCGAAGGCUGUGUAGCCUUGAAAACUCACUACAGGUUGCCCUAAUAUUCACCAAAUUCAUCCAUUCCAUUGGCAAAUCUAGUUGCCCCUCAGCGCCUAAAAAUCUGUACCCCAAAUCAAGAUCAUCUUAAAGGGGACAAGAAGAAGAAGAGUGGGUGGAAUCCAACCUGGGGCUCGUGACUGAAGAAAUACAAUGUCACUUUCUCAUCUUUCCAUAUGCCUCUAUCUCAGGUACUCAUUGAAUUCUUGAUGACGUAUCUGACUUGAGAUUUGCAAGGACUUGGAUACCAUUUGAAAUGGAAAAGAUUUUUCAUUGGGCUUUAACAUACUAAGAAAUAUGAAUGGGAAUCCCCAAAUCUUUCUCAGCUCUAAGCUUUGGCCUUGUACCUCACAGUCUAAAGAAGUUCUAAGAGCUUCUCUCUCUUCCUUACACUCAAGCUUUAGAAGUACUAGUAAAGCAGACUGGGCCCUUCAGUGUCAAUAGUGGCAAUGUGACUUGGCACUUUUUGUUGAUAAAAGCCUGUUUUGUUUUCCAUGAGGAGCUCCUUGGCUCACCCACUCCUUAGAGUGAGAGAAGAGGAAGUCAUCACAAAGUUUUAGUCAACUGCUGAACUAAUCCCUCCCCUGUGGAUGGUCAGGAUUGGCAUUUGGAUUGGCUGCUAGAGAGUCCUGCUGAUCCCAGAACCCUCCUGCCCUCCUGUUUGGCUCCAUUACUUAAGCAUAGGCCUACUGGCUACCUGUGGGUUCGUUGAGGAAAGAGCAAAUUGAGGAAUAUGUCACCACAUAGAGUGUGACCCUCACAUGGCACCUCCAAAGUUGCAGUGGACCCUGUGUCAGCAAUAUCAGUAACUUUCAUGUCUGCAUCCCCACCCCCAUCUCCUGACCUGCAAGAGUUCAAAACUAUGGGAAAGGUGAUGAGAAGAGAGACGAGAAGCAGUGCGGCAUGCUGCCUUUGCAAAGCCUGCGAGGCCAACCCAUCAUCACUGCCGGUCCCUGGGCUUCUCAGGACAGUGACUUGAAACAUUCAAAGAAGUAUUUAAGAGGAAUCUGGAGUUCCCCCCAUAUGAACUAAGGGAAUAUUUGGGCAAGAAAAAAAACAUACAAGGAAAUCCUUCUGAACAAAAUGGCUUCUUUACUUACUCUUUUUAAGCAAAAACUGUUUCCAAACUUUUUAGUGUCAAAUCUGUAACCAAGUGUCUCCUGAUUUUUCCCCAAUGUGUUUGGCAAGUGCUGUGACCCUGUUGUAGAUAUUUCUCCUGUGACUCUUGGGGAGAGGUGGUUUUAGGAUUGAUUUCGGGGGAGCAGAUUUUUGUCCCAUCCCACCCUCCUCUCUGUUUCUCUGCUUGUCAAUAUUGUCUGUGUGGUUCAGAGAAUUGGGGCAGUUACAUUUUGUCCAUUGUCAAGAUUAUUAAGAUAUUAAAAAGUAGUUGUAGAACUGAAAAAUUAAAGAGCUGUAUUUAAAGAAAAUGCAAACCAAUAUCAUGUUAAUAAAGGAAUUCAAGCUAUGGGGCAGCCAAACUCCCCCUCCUCCACCAGGUGGCCCUGGUGGCAGCUGGGCUAGCCGCUUGGACAGUACAAUGGCCACGCUGCAGGUAGGUGACUGCCUGGGUGAAAGAGACAACUGCUGAGGAAAAGGAAUAGGAAUCUGGGGCUCAGAGAGUCCCAAUUGUGCCAGAGAUUUUCCUAUAAGUCCUCAGGACCUCUGGGUAGAGAUUUCAAAGUUUGUGACCCUAUAACCACCCUCCCCCACAUUGGUCCCAGCUCAGUGUGCCUAAUACUGUGUGGUAGCCUGGGCUUGACUCUCAAGCCCCACACCUGGCAGCAGCCCUGUACAGGCCACAGAACCUCUUUCCUGCCCACUUGGUGCUAUAUCAUCCAGGGACCCUUCCAGUAUGGGCCAAGCACUGGCUGCUGGAGCCUGCAAUCCAGGCGAAUGAAUUGUACUCAGAUCUCAAUUCCUUCUGGCUUCAGGCCCUCGAUUCGUUCUCUUUAAAGCUUUUUAGACCCCAGAUCUCCCGAGCCCAGCCGGUCUCUCUUGGCCCCAGAGAUACCAUGGUCAGGAAAGGAAGUGAUCCCUGCUGAAGCCAGAGAAUCCACGCCCGGGCCAGAGCAAGGCCUCUGCGCCCAGCCCCUCUUCCACACCACGCCAGUAUCGCAUCCAUCCUCUAAUGCAACUGGACCUACCUGAGGGCAGCACAGCACCCGUUCGGUCCUACCCGCCCCGUGCAGGACUAGCCCAGGAAGGUUCCAAGCCCACCAGGAAACGUGGGGUCUCCCUGGGAUUCGCUCCCCUCUGCUUCAGAAGAGAAGUGCUGCACUCAGUGAGGAGCCAAGGAGCGCUGGGUGCUGACUCCUCGUAGCUUGAGUUCCUUUUGGAGACAGUAGCAGCUGCGAUGGUGGUGUCUGUGAUGCAAAUGCACCCGCUGCCUUCAACUAUGUGUGUGUGUGUGUGUAUAUGUGUGCGCGUGAUGGCCAGAGUCAUGUUACUGACAGGAUAAUGACAUUACAAAGAAAGUGUGUUAUAGUCAACUUUGCCUUGAUAAUUAUUGUAAACACUUUGUUCAUUUUUUUCUUUUUUAUUCACAAACUAAACCCAUCAGGAAAUUAUAAAGUUAUUUAAAAAUUG